AUGGACGGUGGCCGCAGCUCCCAGCCGUCGCUGCCGGCAACACCGCCACGACAAACGACCCAGCAGUCGACAACAACCCCGACACCGCCCUCGUUGAGACGUUAUCCGCUGCAGAUGCCGCCGAACCAUAUGGCGCUCCCUCUGUCUCUGCCACUGUCGCUUCCCCUGUCCAUGUCUACGGCUACACCCAUGGCGAUGCCUCUGUCGAUGUCCCCGCCUCUCCCCACGGAGACGACGGCCACAGCGUCGCACGACCUGUUUGGUGGGCACAUGUACGACAAGCAGGAGAACAACGGAAACAGCAGCGGAGACAGCAACGGACAUGUUCCCAACAACGGAAAGGACUGGGGAAACAGCUUGGACCUCACCAACCAUGGGCAUGUGGCCGACAUUGGCACGGGAAUGGGCCUGGAUGUGGGCCUGGACACGGCCAUGGACAUGAACUUUGACGACAUCGACGUGGAUGCCCUUAUGCACUUGGCGCUACCAGAGGAUGCAAAUGGCUACCCAAGCAACACUGGCUUAACGUACAACCACACAGACCACAGCUCGACGUCCGCCAUCACGCGCCACUCUCCGUUCCUCUUCGACGAGCCAGGCAUGCUUCUCGACAACGGUACCUCGUCUGCCUCGCCAUACGGCGAUCCGCCUAGCAGCUACGCGAUCGGCUACACUUCGACCGGCUACCCGUUCAACACAUCCAUGGCGCCCAUGGCCUUGUCGUCUGCUUACACGGGCCUCGGCUCACUGCCGCAAGCCGCAACAGCCGCCAUGGAGACCACUGCCAAUGAUCGCAGCAACCACCAUGUUAACAACAGCCCGCCACUGACCCGCAGCCGUGCUCGCCACGUCCGCAGUGCGUACAGCGCUCACAACACGCACAGCACGCACAGUGUCCGCUCGGCCUCGGAUCCCAUUCCGUCCACCGAAUGCCGCCGUGGCCAGAGCCACAUGCGCGGCAGCAGCCUCGGCAGCGCCGAUGAUGACGACGACGAUGACAACGACGACGACUGCUAUGGUGAGACCAGUGGCAUAGCCGACCCGUCCAACACCCGUCCCACCGUCACCACCCACAUCAACAUCAACGGCCCACCGCCAACCGACCCGGCCGACUGGCGCGCCCGUCUGCGCUACUGCGAGCAGGCCAUCCACAAAGCCAGCCUGGACGCCAGCCUCGUCCGCCUGCUCGAGUUCCCCGAAGGCCUCGACGCCGCCGAGCUCGAGGCCCGCCGCGCCGCCAACCUGCGCUUCGACCGCGUGCGCGAGCAGCGCCUCAAAGACCGCAACAACGAGGCCGCCAAGCGCAGCCGCCAGCGCAAGGUGGCGCGCAUCGAGGCCGCCGAAGAAACCAUUGCGGUGCUGCAGCGGGAGCGGGCGCAGCUGGCGGGCGAAGUGCAGCAGCUGCGGCGGCAGCUCGCCGCGGCAGAGCGGCGGGGACCGUCGUGGAUGCCGUCGCCGGCCAGACGAGUCGCAAAAGGACGCGCCGCCUCGGCGCUCACGACGCCCACGACGCCCAAGCGACGCAGAGGCAGCGGCGGCAGCCAAAGAGAAAGCCAAUCGAGCAGCUCGUCGAGAGGACAGCGCAAGGCAUCGCGGGGACACAAUACUGAUGCUGACGGCGACGAUGAUGGCCACGACGACGACAACGAGGACGACGACGACAACGACAACGACAGCGACAACGACAGCGACAACGACAGCGACAACGAUGAGGGAAACAACAGUUCUCGUCACGGCAGCUCGAUCGUGGUCGGCAUGCUGGCUUAG